AUGGACGCUCCCGUCACCGAACCUCAGCAAGUCAGGACUCCGGGAGGACCCCCCACGCUCUACACCAUCAAGUACAAGAGUGAGAUGGCCUAUGUCGCACCCGCAGCCACCUAUGACGACGCACUUGAGCUCGCGCGAACUACGUUCCCUAAGCUCCGGCGCUAUGCCACUGAACGAAUGGGCAUAUACGUCAUCGGUCAGCUCAACAACGUUCCGCAACGCGUCGCCAUCGGUCGUACCGCCUAUCCGCUCGUACUGCCUCGCUUCCGCGAACACGAGGUCCUCACCAUCUAUGUCUCUGGCAACGGCCUCAUGGAGCGUCUUACCAGCUGGGCCCGCUCCGGGUCUUCUUCUUCAUCCUCUUUUCCCGCCCCCUCUUCCGCGUCUUUGUCAACUCGUACCAAGUCGGAACAUGAUCUUGAGAAGCGUCCAAAAGCGCCUCAGAUUGUUGUCACGGACCCCUCGGGAGACGAAAAGCACGCGGACAGCCCCAAGUCCUCGGCGUGCACCUUCGAAAUCCCGCCCGCUUACUCCCGUUCCGACGCCACCCCCUCGCUCGACACAGAUCGGGCAUCGGUCUCUUCCGGCACGACGUCCACCUCCCCGCCAUCUUCGCCCACGGCGAGCCUGCUUCAACUUGCCGAUGACGACACCGUCGCGUUUUUCGCAGGGCGGUCGUCUCCAGUUGCGUCGCGUACUACUUCCCCAGCCCGGUCGAGUACGAGCUCGCACUCGCGGUCCCCGUCUCCUGCGCCUGCGCCGAAGAAGGAGCAGCCACGCCCACAGGUGUACACGCGCCGCCCGUACGUCACGAGCGUGUAUCCGUCGAGGCGACCGCAGUGA